AUGGGCCUUGCACAGGUUCUGCAUGACUUCGCCAAUUGGUCGACCGUCUGCGGUGUGCCUCAUAUCGCCAAUGCCAGGACCAAGGAACUAAUGGACACCGAGUAUGACAGAGAUCAACGUGCGUGGGAAGCGCUGGUACUGGAGGCGGCAAAACUGGGCGAGGAGAAGCUUAUUCCCGCUCUCUACACAUUUGAAGAUCUCAUCACUGACUGUACCUUCUCGGGGAAAAAAUGCUCAGCGGCGGAUUUUACUCGAGUCCUCGAUCCAGUCUAUGGCGCUUGUUACUCAUUCAACGAAGAUCCCACCCUCAGCUAUUCCACUAAUCGAGCUGGCAUGAAAUUCGGCCUGAAACUACUUGUCACUGUUGGCCAAGAGACCACAUCUAUGGCAAAGGAUUUUCUUCCAACGACGAGGACAGCUGGAGCAAGGGUUUCCAUCCAACCAAGAGGUUCGUCGCAUUCAUACGAUUUAUAG